ACAAACAAAUAUCUUUUAUUAGCUGAAACCACGUGUGUAUCGGUAGAUUUAGAUGCAGGCUAUAAUUAUCACUCAUUAAUCUCUCUAUUUAUUCCUUACCAAUACUUGACGGUUACUACAACACAACGCAUCAUCAUGGCGUCUUAUCUCCGAGUCUCUCUUUCCUUCAUAUUCUCGGCUUUGCUAAUCUCACCGGCUGUCUCGCAGUCAUGUUCGUCACAGACAUUUUCCGGCGACAAAUCAUACCCUCACUGUCUCGCCCUCCCCAACCUCAAAGCCUUCCUCCAUUACUCCUAUGACGCUGCCAACACAACUCUCGCCGUUGUUUUCUCUGCUCCGCCGUCAAAGCCGGGCGGUUGGAUCGCGUGGGCGAUUAACCCUAAAGCCACCGGCAUGGCUGGAUCUCAAGCACUCGUCGCCUCAAAAGACUCAAAAACAGGUGUUGCCUCCGUGACGACGCUUAACAUCAUCUCAUACAGCUCGCUUGUCCCGGGAAAGCUAUCGUUCGAGGUAUGGGACGUAAAGGCGGAGGAGGAGGCGGCCGGAACUUUAAGAAUCUUCGCGAAGGUAAAGGUUCCGGCGGAUUUAGCGGCGAAUGGGAAGGUUAACCAGGUUUGGCAGGUUGGACCUGGAGUGUCACCAAACGGGAGGAUACAGCCACACGAUUUCAACACUCCGAAUCUUAACGCUGUUGGAUCGCUCGAUCUGAGCGGUGCCACUACAGGGGUAUCUGCCUCCGGCGGCGGCGGUGCUGGAAACUCAAGGAUUCAUAAGAGAAACAUCCAUGGGAUAUUGAAUGCGGUGAGUUGGGGAAUUUUGUUUCCGAUUGGAGCAAUGAUAGCAAGAUACAUGAGAAUAUUUGAAUCGGCAGAUCCUGCUUGGUUUUACCUCCACGUGUCAUGUCAGUUCUCUGCUUAUGUCAUCGGUGUUGCCGGAUGGGCCACCGGACUCAAGCUCGGCUCCGAGUCUAAGGGAAUUCAGUUCAACAGUCAUCGCAACAUCGGCAUUGCUCUCUUCGCUAUAGCAACGCUUCAGAUGUUUGCGAUGCUGUUGCGGCCGCGCAAGGACCACAAGUUGAGAUUCUUUUGGAAUAUUUACCACCAUGGAGUUGGAUACUCUAUCCUUAUCCUUGGAAUCAUCAAUGUUUUCAAAGGUCUUAGCAUCUUGAACCCAGAGCAUACUUACAAGACUGCUUAUAUCGCUGUGAUUGCUACUUUGGGAGGCAUUACUUUGCUCUUGGAAGCUGUUACUUGGGUCAUUGUCCUCAAGAGAAAAUCUGCUAAUUCGAACAACCCUCCCAAGCCCUGAGUAAUUCAAAUGAUCGCUAUUUUUAUCUCUUAAGUUACAAAUGCGUUGCUUUAUCUCCCACUUUUGAUUCAUCUCUAGACGUGGCUUGUGUUUGAUGAUGUUGACUUCUGGUGUUUAUGUAUAGUAGGAGAAAAAACCUCAUGUAUUAGUGUUUCUUCUUUGUAGCUUUGUCUUUUGUUUCCUUGUUUAUGUGACUGGCGCAGAAGUAUUAUUUUGUAGGAUUAUUUUUUAUCUUUCAUGUUUA